AUGCGCAAGGAGCGGCUGUGGACCUCCUCCGGCAGCACCGUGAGGAUCUCCAGCAGGAAGGGCAGCGACGUGACGUCGGUGCUGUACCUGCGAGGAGGGGACGGACGAGGGGUGGUGACGGUGCCGUCCCCCGCAGGCCUGCGCAACGCCCCGCGCUGCUGGGACGUCAUCCAGCCGCUGCUGUGCGCCGUCUACAUGCCCAAGUGCGAGGACGGGCAGGUGGAGCUGCCCAGCCAGACCCUCUGCCAGGCCACCCGCGCGCCCUGCACCAUCGUGGAGCGCGAGCGCGGCUGGCCCGACUUCCUCAAGUGCACGCCCGACCGAUUCCCCGAGGGCUGCCCGAACGAGGUGCAGAACAUCAAGUUCAACAGCUCGGGGCAGUGCGAGGCGCCGCUGGUGCGGACGGACAACCCCAAGAGCUGGUACGAGGACGUGGAGGGCUGCGGGAUCCAGUGCCAGAACCCGCUCUUCACCGAGAGGGAGCACCGCGAGAUGCACGUCUACAUCGCCGCCUUCAGCUCCGUCACCAUCUUCUGCACCUUCUUCACCCUGGCCACGUUUGUCGCCGACUGGAGGAACUCCAACCGCUACCCCGCCGUCAUCCUCUUCUACGUCAACGCCUGCUUCUUCGUGGGCAGCAUCGGCUGGCUGGCGCAGUUCAUGGACGGCGCCCGCGACGAGAUCGUGUGCCGCGCCGACGGCACCAUGCGCCUGGGGGAGCCCACCUCCAACGAGACGCUGUCCUGCGUCAUCAUCUUCGUCAUCGUCUACUACUCGCUGAUGUCGGGCGUCAUCUGGUUCGUCAUGCUGACCUACGCCUGGCACACCUCCUUCAAGGCGCUGGGCACCACCUACCAGCCGCUGCUGGGCAAGACCUCCUACUUCCACCUCAUCACCUGGUCCAUCCCCUUCGUCCUCACCGUCGCCAUCCUGGCCGUGGCACAGGUGGACGGCGACUCCGUCAGCGGCAUCUGCUUCGUGGGGUACAAGAACUACCGGUACCGCGCCGGCUUCGUCCUGGCGCCCAUCGGGCUCGUCCUCAUCGUGGGGGGCUAUUUCCUCAUCCGGGGGGUCAUGACGCUCUUCUCCAUCAAGAGCAACCACCCGGGGCUGCUGAGCGAGAAGGCGGCCAGCAAGAUCAACGAGACCAUGCUGCGGCUGGGCAUCUUCGGCUUCUUGGCCUUCGGCUUCGUCUUCAUCACCUUCGGCUGCCACUUCUACGACUUCUUCAACCAGGCGGAGUGGGAGCGCAGCUUUCGGGAAUACGUCCUGUGCGAGGCCAACGUCACCAUCGCCACGCAGACCAACAAGCCCAUCCCGGAGUGCGAGAUCAAGAACCGGCCGAGCCUCCUGGUGGAGAAGAUCAACCUCUUCGCCAUGUUCGGCACCGGCGUCUCCAUGAGCACCUGGGUCUGGACCAAGGCCACCCUGCUCAUCUGGAAGCGCACCUGGUGCAGGCUGACGGGGCAGAGCGACGACCAGCCCAAGAGGAUCAAGAAGAGCAAGAUGAUCGCCAAAGCCUUCUCCAAGCGCAAGGAGCUGCUGCGCGACCCGGGCCAGGAGCUGUCCUUCAGCAUGCACACGGUCUCGCACGACGGCCCCGUGGCCGGUUUAGCGUUUGACAUCAACGAGCCAUCGGCCGACGUGUCCUCGGCGUGGGCCCAGCACGUCACCAAGAUGGUGGCCAGGAGAGGGGCCAUCCUGCCCCAGGACGUCUCCGUGACACCCGUGGCUUCGCCUGUGCCGCCGGAGGAGAGGGCCAACCUCUGGGUGGUGGAGGCCGACGUCUCCCCGGAGCUGCAGAAGCGCAGCCGCAAGAAGAAGCGGAGGAAGAAGAAGAAGGACGAGGUGUGCCCGGGCCCCGAGCGCUGCGCUGGGGGCUCCGCGGACCCCCCGGCCUCCAGCAGCGCCGUGCCUCGCCUGCCCCGGCUGCCCCUCCAGCCCUGCCUGGUGGCCGUGCCCCGCCGUGGUGGGGACGCCUUCGUCCCCACCGUCCUCCCGGGGCUCGCAGCCGGCCGGCCCGAAGGCAGCAUCGCCGGGGGGCCGUGGGACGGGCGCAGCCGCAGAGCCGUUGUCCCCCACCUCAUCAGCAACCCCUUCUGCCCUGAGAGCGGGUCCCCGGAGGACGAGAGCCCCGGCCCCAGCGGCGGGGGCUGGCAGCACAACGGGGGUCCCCGCUGGCCCCCCGAGGCCCUGCCCAAUGGCGGGGGGACGAGGACUUGGGGCCGACGCGCCGGCUUGGCCCCCAUCCACUCUCGGACCAACCUGGUGGACGCGGAGCUGCUGGACGCCGACUCGGACUUCUGAGCCCGGCAAGGACGCUGCGAGGGGCUCGUGGGGACGAUGGUGUCCGCGUGGGGACAGCCUC